GAGGCAACGGUGCUACCUUUUAAAAGGACAGAAUUUCAAGCAAUGACAAAUAUUAACCAGAGCUGACCUUGACUAUUCUAAGAACUGUUUUGAAAUCAGAAGGAAAAUACUAUGAAUUUCAGUUCCCAGGUUAUAUUGUGGAGACUAUGUUCUGCAUGUUUGAAACUGAAGACACCCUUUCCUAUGGAGGUCUCAGGAAGUCUAGUGACGGGAGAACACGACAGGGCAUGUGACAGGCUGUCCUAAAUAAGGGAGCAAAACGGGAGCGCUGGAAAGAGGCAAGCGCGAGUUGAUUACAGGUGAGGGGACCUGGCCAGGUGUGUUUUGGCUGCCUCCUGCAGCUCCCCACAUACCGAGGGUGCUGGGUUCAGGAGCAGCGACGGCCCAAGAGUCCCCAGCGGGCCCGCGGGGUCCCCAGAACUACAGUUCCCGGAAGGCCGCGGGGACGCGCCUGCUCUGGGCACCGCGUUCAUGGCUGCUCCCUGCAAGGCGGUGAUCGUCCCCGGGAACGGAGGCGGGGACGUGGCCACCCAUGGCUGGUACGGCUGGGUGAAGCAGCAGCUGGAGCAGAUACCUGGUUUCCAGUGUUUGGCUAAAAACAUGCCUGACCCAAUUACAGCUCGAGAGAGCAUCUGGCUACCCUUCAUGGAAACAGAGCUGCAUUGUGAUGAGAAGACCAUCAUCAUCGGCCACAGCUCUGGGGCCAUUGCGGCCAUGAGGUAUGCAGAAAUUCAUCGAGUAUAUGCUAUUGUGUUAGUGUCUGCAUACACAUCAGACUUGGGGGAUGAAAAUGAGCGUGCAAGUGGAUACUUCAGCCGUCCCUGGCAGUGGGAGAAGAUCAAGGCCAACUGCCCUUACAUUGUGCAGUUUGGCUCUACUGACGACCCUUUCCUUCCCUGGAAGGAACAACAAGAAGUGGCUGAUAGGUUGGAAGCCAAAUUGUACAAAUUCACCGACCGUGGUCACUUUCAGAACACAGAGUUUCAUGACCUAAUAGGUGUGGUCAAGUCUUUGCUAAAAGUACCAGCAUAGGAUGAUUGCUAUUUUGCAUCCCAAUAUAGGGGUAAAGUAAUAAUAUCUCUUAUCAGAUACUUACUAGAUACAUGAAACAUCCAGUUAAGUUACAAAUGUGCCUGAAAAACAAACACAAGUUUUAACAUUCAAUCUAAAUUACAAAUAGCAUUCCCAUUUUUCCUAGAAUCUAAAUCUCUCCAAAUUGCUGUGAACUACAAUUGUAUUAUCUCUGAUAACAGACAUAAGCUUUACCACUCUUCUCUAUCCGAAGUGAAUUAAGGUGGAAACAGAACCCAGGUUUCCUGAUUCUCAUUCCGGAUCAAAACUAAAUAGGCUUCACGUUGUAGGGAUUUCAUUCUUUUCCUCUUUGAAAUAAAACUUUUCUGUUUUACUGGGGAAAGAAUACAUGGCUGAUGGUCCAGAGUGUUGGUUUAGAGCUCAAAACUGUUGCUGUUUCAAGCUGGCCCAGGAUGUGUAGAUAUUAAACCUAGACUAGGGUCGUCACCUUUGACAUCUGCCGCUCAGUCUUUCAGACGUGGAGAGGAGCUGAUAUGUAAGGCUGCUGAGUCCGGGGUCUGCUGGGUUAGGCAGGAAGAGGCACAGAAUAUACACAUACACCACACACAUACAGACAUGUAUAUACGUAAACAUGUAUACACUCAUACACACAACAUAACACAUGUAUACACGUAUAUACACACACACAGUAUGAGCACAACAGACUAGAUUUGUCUAAGACAAGUGGUGGCAUCGGGGCUAUGUGGAAAGCUCACACCUGGUCUAAAUUGUUGCCAUGGGGGAAGGUGUUGCCAAUUUUCUGAUUUUUCAUGGGAAUAAGUCUUCAGUGUUUUUUUAAAAUUUGAGAAAUAUGUGUGUAUAUACAAUCUGUAUGUACAUGAAUUAUAUCCAGCCCCUAUACAUAUGGAUAUGUUACUUGGCAAAACAAUGUUUUUUGUUUGUUUUUUAAGACAUGGUCUCACAGUUGCCCUGGGUAGAGUGCUGUGGUGUCACAGCUCACAAGCAACCUCAAACUCUUGGCUCAAAUAAUCCUCUUGCCUCAGCCUCCCUAGUGGCUGGGACUAUAGGCAUGAACAACCAUGCCUGGCUAAUUUUUCUAUUUUUUAGUAGACACAAGGUCUCACUCUUGCUCAGGCUAGUCUCAAACUCCUGAGCUCAAGCAAUCCACUUCCUCCAGCCUCCUACAGUGCUAGGAUUAUGGGCAUGAGCCACUGUGCCCGGCCGGCAAUAACAAUGUAAAUCAAAAACUUUAAGCCCGCCACCUUGGUCAUAAGCAUUUACUUAGCCAGGGACUUUUAGAGGAUUCCUUAUAAAGUCUGUGAAAAUUUUAAGAAAAUGAAAAUGAACACAAUUUCAAAUGAAAUAAUGGGAACUGUAUUAAAGGGCCAAGGCAUUGGGAAGGUUGAGAACCACUGCUCUAGGGCAAUUGCUACGUACUUUAAAGAUCUGUUGAAGUGAGCACACGUUUGUGAAGGUGUGUACUUGUCUUCUCCCAUUUCAGGUAGCAGGUGUUUCAGUGACUUGGCCAAUUCUCCAUCAGAUCAGUGCUGAGGGUGGCGUGUGACAGAUGUGUGAGCACGUGCUGAGGCACCCCUGUGCCCGUUGCUGGACACGUGUGUGUUUCUGGCACACUGUGUCGCUCGGGUCCACCCCAGUGGGAAGUUUAUGGGGUCCAUGAGGAGUGUUUUGUUUGGGGAAGAUGUUUUUCUGGGAAGCUUUUCAGUAUGGAAAAGAAACAUCAGUACUCGUGGUGGCCCAUUUGGGUACAGUAUCUUUAGCUCAGUCCCUUCAUAGUGUUCGGAUCAUUGCUGGGUACCACCUAGUUCAGAGUGAGCGUUCCUGCCAGGCCCCAUUUACAGCGUUCUGGGUGUACACACGGAGAUCCCUGUUGCCUGUCGUCCAUUUGCCCGCUGUGUGUUUGUCCUCUGGGGAAUCUGCCCAGCCUGUAGGCUCUUCCUUGGUGGGGUAGAAGACAGUCCUUUUUGGCAUCUUGUGCCUUAGAGGGUGUUAGAGGGAGGUCGAGAAUCAGCCCCAUGCUGCCCUGCUUGGUAGGGGCAUUUGGGUUACAGUGAUGAGCAGAACAGACACAGACCUUCUCCUCAUAAAGGGUUCAGACUUGUGGGGGUGGGGCAGACAUUCUCUAAAUAAUCCUAUAAAUAAAUGUGUAAAUAUUACCUGUGCUACGUGUACAUGCGUGAAAUGUGGGUACAAAGUGCCAUUAGAGUAUGAACCUUGACUCAUCUGGGGUGUCAAGAAAUCUCUGAAGAGAAGUUGAGUUAAAGAAUGAGGGAUGUUAGGAGAAGUAGGAUAGGAAGAGCAUUCCAGGGAGAAGGAACAGCAUGUGCAAAGGUCCUGAGACAAGAGGGGCCAUGGUACCCGUAGGGUUGUCUUAUCUAAUGUCAGGGGAAUAGAUCAUUGGCUUUCAAUAUUGUUAAAUACACAAUUUAGAUUUUGUUACAAAAUUUUGUCUUUUUUAAAAUAACCUUUCCAUACUUCACAUUUUAUUCUUUAGAGUUCAGCUUUUUAAUUUCCGUUUAGAGUUCAGCUUUUUAACUUCCGUGGUCCUUUAGAUCUCUUUCAAGGAAUAUUCAGUUUUCUUCUAAUCAUACUUCGUCACCCCUCCCCCCGUUUUUUUUUUUUAAAGAUACAGUGUCUCACUUUUAUGCCCAGGCUGGAGUGCAGUGGCACUGUCAUAGCUCACUGCAGCCUUGAAUUCCUGUGCUCAAGCAAUCCUUCCACCUCAGCCUCCUGAGUAGCUGGGACUACAGGGAGGCACUAACAUGCCCAGCUCAUUUUAAAUUUUUUUUGUAGACAUGGAGUCUCACUCUGUUGCCCAGGAUGAUCUCAAACUCUGGCCUCAAGCUGUCCUCCUGCAUCAGCCUUUGAAAGUGUUGGGAUUACAGGUGUGAACUGCCACACCCAGCCAAAAAAAACCUUUUUCAUUUACCAGUAUUUUUUGGCUAUGAUUCGUAAGUAUUAUCACCAGUAAUUUUCAGUGAAUUCACACUUGGUUGCAGAACCUGAGCUUCCUGAAGAGAUGUGAUUUCCUACACCAUUUAUGUAUAAAGGACAUUCAGAGCCAUCAUUUAAAACCCCAAGUCUUUUGUUUUUUAAAUGUCCUUAAGGCAAAGAAAAAAGUAAAGAAAGAUACUCUAAACUUGUAACAGCAAUUAUCUUUGAGAAAUGGGAAUUUUGGUAGGUACAAUGUGGUGGAUGUUUCUAUUUUAGUUUAUCGACCUGGGGGUUAUUUAAAUUUGUUACACUGAACAUGUAUUACUUUUGUUAUUUUUGUUUGUUCGUUUUGUUUUGCAGUUUUUGGCUGGGGCUGGGUUGGUGGGUUGGUCUGGAGGGCUCUUCAUGCCCCCAGGGUCAGCGGGUGAGGACUGGGUGCGGCCCAGGGCCUGGUGGGGCACAGUGGCCAGGCUGAGGGGUGCCUGGUACACCUGCUGAACCUGCCACCUCCGGCAUAUGGGGCUGGCGUCCUACCCCCUUGAGCCACAGGCACCGCCACAACUUUUAUAAUUAAAAAUAAUUAAGACUGAAAACGAUGUAUUUUAGAACAAUGUAUUUAGGAACAAAUGUUCUUAAAGAGGCUGUUUAGGGCCUGGCUCCGUGGCUUAUGCCUGUAAUCCCAGCACUCUGGGAUGCCAAGGCGGCUGGAUUGCCUGAGCUCACAGGUUCAAGACCAGCCUGAGCCAGAUCUAGACCUCAUCUCUAACAAUAGCUGGGCGUUGUGGUGACCGCCUGUACUACUUGGGAGGCUGAGACAAGAGAAUCGCUUGAGCCCAAGCAUUUGAGUUAUGAUGCCACAGCACUCUACCAAGGGCGACAAAGUGAGACUGUGUCUCAAAAAAAAAAAAAAAAAAAAAAAAUUAAAGAGGCUGUUUGGCACUGAUUUGGCUGAACUUAUAAUCAAUGUUUAGUUCUAGCUGAAUUAUUUGGAAACGAGUAAUUGUUACUCUCUGCCUUGUUUUCUGAAAUCCUUUCUUUAAAAAACUUGCUUAUACAAAUAACAGUUCAUAAAACUUUGUUGUCCUUUUCCUCCAUAGAAAUAAAAAUAUAUACAAAUUGAGAAAUAAUUCUGAUAUCCUUCAUUUCUAUAAAAGGAAUUAAGGUAGGGUGGUGCCUGUGGCUCAGUGACUAGGGCGCCGGCCCCAUAUACCGAGGGUGGCGAGUUUAAACCCGGCCCCGGCCAAAUUGCAACAAAAAAAUAGCUGGGCAUUGUGGUGGGCACCUGUAAGUCCCAGCUACUCAGGAGACUGAGGCAAGAGAAUCGCCUAAGCCCAAGAGCUGGAGGUUGCUGUGAGCUGUGAUGUCGCGGCACUCUACUGAGGGCGACAAAAUGAGACUCUGCCUCUAAAAAAAAAAAACAAACCCCCCCUCACAAAACAAAACAAAAAAAUGGAAUUAAGGUAGACCUAUAUGAUUGUUGAGCUGCGCUGCUCAACAUGGUAACUAGAAGCCAUAGAUAGCUAUAAAGUUAAAUUUAGUUCUUCGGCCAAAUUGGUCAUAUUAAAGUGCUCAGUAGCUUCUGGUGGCUAGUGUCUACCUUAUUAGACAGCAGAUAUAUUUCUUUCUUUCUUUUUUUUUUUUGAGACAGAGCCUCAGGCUGUCGCCCAAGGUAGAGUGCUGUGGCAUCACAGCUCACAGCAACCUCCGACUCCUGGGCUUAAGGGAUUCUCCUGCCUCCAUCUUCCAAGUAGCUGGGACUACAGGCCCCUGCCACAAGGCUGGGCUAUUUUUUGGUUGCAGCUGUCAUUGUUGUUUGGCGGGCCCAGGCUGGAUUCGAACCCACCAGGUCAAGUGUAUAUGGCUGGUGCCUUAGCUGCUUGAGCCACAGGCAUCGAGCUGAUAUAUUUCUGUUACAGAAAGUUCUUGGGUGGCGCCUGUGGCUUAGUGAGUAGGGUGCUGGCUCCAUAUACCGAGGGUGGCAGGUUCGUGGCAGGUUCAAACCCGGCCCCUGCAAAACAGCAACAAAAAAAUAGCCAGGCACUGUGGUGGGUGCCUGUAGUCCCCAGCUACUCUACCGAGGGCGAUAAAGUGAGAUUCUGUCUCUACAAAAAAAAAAAAAAAAAAAGGAAGUUCUAUUGGACAGCACUGGUCAAGGGCAUGAUGUAUUUUAUAUUCUUCACCUAUUCAAUAAUGAAUAAUAGUUCAAAGAAAAAGUGACUUAAUUGGAAAUUACUUCCGACUAGUUUGCUUAGUUGAUCACUGUCAAAAUCUUGAGUCUGUAAAAUUUACUCAUUGACAGCUAAGAUCAGGGGAGUUUCAUGGGUGCAUUUACAUGAACUAUUCUUU